CACUAGACUUCAAAGUCUGAUUCUGUAGGAAUUCCUCCUUCCGUUGCCAGACCGCCAGGUUGGGAAGCCUGAUGUGGGUCUCAGAACCUUCACUCCAGUGGGUUGACUUCUGUGGUAUAAGUGUUCUCCAGUCUGUGAGUCACCCACCCAGCAGUUAUGGGAUUUGAUUUUACUGUGAUUGCGCCCCUCCUGCCGUCUCAUUGUGGCUUCUCCUUUGUCUUUGGAUGUGGUGUAUCUUUUUUGGUGAGUUCCAGUGUCUUCCUUUCGAUGACUGUCCAGCAGCUAGUUGUGAUUCUGGUGUUCUCGUAAGAGGGAGUGAGAGCACGUCCUUCUACUCCGCCAUCCUAUUUUCUUACUCUUAAAUCUAGUAUCAGUCCUGAAUAUAGAGAAAGUUCCCUAAUCUUAGUGGUAGGGUCUUAUUUUAAGCAAUGGGUUGUGGUUUAUAUCUUUUAACAAUCUUUGUUUCCAUUGACUAUAAGGUAGUCAGAGCAAAUUUAGAUCUCUGUAGGAGACGUACAAUGACUUCUAACUCGUUCAGAAAAACUAAAAUAGACAUGCAAUGCAGGAAACUUGUUUUCAUAUCUGCCAAAUGUGUAUAUAGAGAAUCAGACAAAGGUUAGAUUUAAAUUAUUGAUGUGUGGAUAAUACUCAAGGGUAUAGUUAUUAUAGCUUAUUUUUGAUUUGGGGAGAUUAGGUGGCUUGAUUGAAAGCAUCUACUAGUUUUCAAAACCAGGAGGAAAAAAACCCAAAAAACCAAAACCCAAAAAACAGUCUAAUGGACAUGAGGAAAUGCAUGAGGAGUCUUUCCUCAAGUUCAUACAUGAUUUUUUUACGAGGUUUACAGCUUUGGCCUCAAAAAAUGUUUCCCCCACUUCUCCACCUCCCAUUAAAAUCUUCUGGCGGGCUUCCCUGUUGGCGCAGUGGUUGAGAGUCCGCCUGCUGAUGCAGGGUACACGGGUUCGUGCCCCGGUCUGGGAAGAUCCCACGUGCCGCGGAGCGGCUAGGCCCGUGAGCCAUGGUCGCUGAGCCUGAGCAUUCGGAGCCUGUGCUCCGCAACAGGUGAGGCCACAAGAGUGAGAAGCCCACGUACCGCAAAAAAUAAAUAAAUAAAUAAAUAAAAGCUUAUAGCAUGGAAUAUCUUUUUCCAUCCCCUCACUUUCAGUCUGUAUGUGUCCCUAGGUCUGAAGUGGGUCUCUUGUAGACAGCAUAUAUACGGGUCUUGUUUUUGUAUCCAUUCAGCCAGUCUAUGUCCUUUGGUUGGAGCAUUUAAUCCAUUUACAUUUAAGUGGGGAUCAGCAGUGUACUUAUGUUAUAAAAAAUCGGUGGCAAAGACUAACACUAUAUCUUACAAAGCUGGUCUAAUUUGUAGAUACCCUCAAGAAGAUUAUGAGUCAUUCUCACUCCCAGAAUCUGUUCCCCUAUUUUGUUUACCAAUGGGUGCAACUAUUGAAUGUUGGCCAUCAAAUAGCAAAUACCCUCUCCCUGUAUUUUCUACAUUUGUGUUAACUGGAGCCUCAGCUGAAAAGGUCUAUGGUGCUGCUAUUCAGUUUUAUGAACCAUACUCCGAAGAGAAUCUCACAGAAAAACAGAGAUUUCUUUUGGGUUUAGCAUCAUCAGCAGAUGAGAAGUCUGAUAGUUCCAAGACAAUUCACACUAGUAAAUGCAUCUGUCUUCUCUCUCACUGGCCUUUUUUUGAUGCAUUCAGGAAGUUUCUGACUUUUCUAUAUCGUUAUUCCAUCUCUGGGCCUCAUGUCCUUCCAAUUGAGAAGCAUAUUUCUCAUUUUAUGCAUAAAGUUCCUUUUCCAUCUCCUCAGAGACCACGGAUUUUAGUUCAGUUAUCACCACAUGAUAAUCUGAUUCUCAGUCAGCCUGUUUCUUCACCUCUUCCGCUAAGUGGUGGCAAGUUUUCAACACUACUUCAGAAUUUAGGCCCUGAAAAUGCUGUGACACUACUGGUGUUUGCAGUAACAGAACAUAAGAUUCUUAUUCAUUCCUUACGGCCUUCAGUGCUUACUAGUGUGACAGAAGCAUUAGUGUCUAUGAUUUUCCCUUUCCACUGGCCAUGCCCCUAUGUUCCUCUCUGCCCACUGGCUUUAGCAGAUGUCUUAAGUGCACCAUGUCCGUUCAUAGUAGGAAUUGAUUCAAGAUACUUUGAUCUCUAUGACCCUCCACCAGAUGUCAGUUGUGUUGACCUAGAUACCAACACAAUUUCUCAAACUGGUGAUAAGAAAAAUGUAGCCUGGAAGGUACUUCCAAAGAAACCAUGUAAAAAUCUGAUGAACACACUGAAUAAUUUGCACCAGCAGUUGGCAAAAUUGCAGCAGAGACCAAGAGACGAUGGACUAAUGGACUUAGCAAUGAAUGAUUAUGAUUUUAAUUCUGGAAAGAGGUUGCACAUGAUAGAUUUGGAAAUCCAGGAGGCAUUUUUGUGUUUCAUGGCCUCUAUUUUAAAAGGUUAUAGAUCAUACUUAAGACCAAUAACACAAGCCCCAUCUGAGACAGCCACAGAUGCAGCCUCUCUUUUUGCCCUACAAGCUUUCUUAAGAAGCCGCGACCGGUCACAUCAGAAAUUCUAUAACAUGAUGACCAAAACACAAAUGUUUAUUCGCUUCAUUGAGGAAUGUUCUUUUGUCAGUGAUAAAGAUGCAAGCCUGGCGUUUUUUGAUGAUUGUGUAGAUAAAGUGGAUAUGGACAAGAGUGGUGAAGUGCGACUUAUAGAACUGGAUGAAUCUUUCAAAAGUGAACAUACUGUUUUUGUAACACCACCUGAGAUUCCCCAUCUACCCAAUGGUGAAGAACCCCCUUUACAGUACAGCUAUAAUGGAUUUCCAGUUCUUAGGAACAAUUUAUUUGAGAGACCUGAAGGAUUUCUACAAACCCGAAAGAGCAAAUUGCCUUCAAAAUCAAGUAGUCCUAGUAGCCCUUCUCCCAUGUUCAGAAGAACAAAACAGGAAAUUAAAUCAGCCCAUAAAAUUGCCAAGAGGUACUCUUCCAUUCCUCAGAUGUGGUCUAGGUGUCUACUGCGUCACUGUUACGGGCUGUGGUUUAUUUGUCUCCCAGCUUAUGUGAAAGUAUGUCAUUCAAAAGUCAGGGCUCUGAAAACAGCCUAUGAUGUGCUUAAAAAAAUGCAGUCAAAGAAGAUGGAUCCACCUGAUGAGGUGUGCUACCGCAUUCUUAUGCAGCUCUGUGGACAGUAUGAUCAGCCAGUGCUUGCAGUUCGAGUGCUGUUUGAAAUGCAGAAAGCUGGUAUUGACCCCAAUGCCAUAACGUAUGGUUAUUAUAAUAAGGCUGUUUUGGAAAGUACCUGGCCUUCAAGGAGUCGUAGUGGCUAUUUUCUUUGGACAAAAGUGAGGAACGUUGUUUUAGGAGUAGCACAGUUCAAAAGAGCUUUAAAGAAACACGCACAUUUAUCACAAACAACUCUCUCAGCAGAUGGCAGUGACCUGGAUGCUGUUAGUCAUGGCAGCAUGGAUAGUGGUCAUGGGACACACACUGUGGAGCAGGCACCUUUUAAUACGGGUUUAAUCAAAGUGUAUGCUUCUGAUGAUAGAUCUAGUACAGGUGGCCAGUCUGACCUUGGAUAUAAUUCACUGUCUAAGGAUGAAGUUAGAAGAGGGGAUACAUCUACUGAGGACAUUCAAGAAGAAGAAGAUAAGAAAGGGAGUGAUUCUAGUUCCUUGUCAGAGAGCGAGAGUGCAAAGGGAAGUGCUGAUUGUCUUCCUAAGCUCAAUUAUCAAAGUUCUUCCAGUAUAGUUCGCCUCAGUGCUGCAAAUAACAGUGCUGAUAAAACAUCAGGAGAAAGCACAGAAAGUUCGUCUGAGCCGCUCUUAAUAUCAUCUUUUGAGGAUACAAAUGAAACAGGAAACAUUCACAGUAGAUGCUUCAGGAAAAGACAUAAAAGUGACAAUGAGCCUAAUUUGCAGCAGCAAAUGUCCUGGGGAAAUAGAAACCGAAAUCUUAGUGGAGGAGUACUAAUGGGACUUAUGCUCAAUAGAAUUAACCAGGAAGCAAACCCUGGAGAUAUGGUUGAAAAAUUAGGAGCUGAUGCAAAAAUUCUUUCAAAUGUAAUCUCAAAAAGCACAAGACCAAAUAGUCUUGAUAUUGGAAAGCCAUCUUUAAGAUCAAAUAGAGACAGUAUAGAGAAGGAAUCUAGUGAUGAUGAUACACCUUUUGAUGGUUCUAGUUGUUUGGCAGAUAAAGUAGAUUCUCCUGUUAUUUUUGACUUAGAAGACUUAGACAAUGAAACAGAUGGAUCAAAAGUGGGGUACAUUGCUCCACAAAAUCCUAAGAGGAGUCAACGCUUGAAUAGCAGCUUUUCAGUAAAACCUUUCGAAAAAACUGAUGUUGCAACAGGAUUUGAUCCCCUCUCUCUUUUGGUUGCUGAGACUGAACAGCAGCAAAAAGAGGAGGAGGAAGAGGAGGAAGAUGAUAGCAAAAGCGUUUCGACACCAUCUGCUAGGCGGGAUUUAGCUGAAGAAAUUGUGAUGUAUAUGAAUAACAUGAGCAGUCCUUUGACAAGUCGAACACCAAGCAUUGAUUUACAACGGGCCUGUGAUGAUAAAGUAACCACUAAGAAAAGUCCAACGUUGGUCAAGGCAUGCAGAAGAUCUAGCCUGCCUCCUAAUUCUCCUGGGCCAGUGAGACUUACCAAAUCUAAAAGUUACUCAAAAAGCGAAGACAGACCAAGGGAUAGACUCUGGUCUUCUCCAGCCUUCUCACCUACUUGCCCAUUUAGAGAAGAAUCUCAAGAUGCAUUAACCCAUUCAUCACCUUCAUUUAAUUUAGAUACACUACUAGUACCUAAACUAGAUGUUCUAAGAAACAGUAUGUUCACUGCUGGAAAAGGAGUCGCAGAGAAAGCAAGCAAAUGGUAUUCAAGAUUCACCAUGUACACCACAUCAUCCAAGGAUCAAAGUUCUGAUCGUACCAGUCUUUCUUCAGUGGGAGCCCAGGAUUCUGAAUCUACCUCUUUAACAGAUGAAGAUGUCUGCCACGAGUUGGAAGGAGCCACUUCUUGCCAGGAAAGCAGUGCCACUGCAGGGACUAAGGGAAUUGAUUUCAGCAGAACAAGCCUGGAAGGUUCUUCCUCCUUAGAAGGAUCCUUGUCCAAGUUUGCCUUACCUGGGAAAUCAGAAGUGGCAUCUUCCUGCAACAUGAGUAAUACAAAUAUCUUCCAGAACUAUGCAAUGGAGGUUCUUAUCUCGAGCUGCUCUCGUUGUAGAACCUGUGAUUGUCUUGUCCAUGAUGAGGAAAUCAUGGCUGGCUGGACAGCAGAUGAUUCAAAUCUCAAUACAACCUGCCCAUUUUGUGGCAAUCUUUUCUUGCCCUUUCUGAACAUCGAAAUAAGAGAUUUAAGACGACCUGGAAGAUACUUUUUGAAGUCAAGCCCGUCUACAGAAAAUAUGCAUUUUCCAUCCUCCUUUUCAAGGCAGACAAGGCAGUCUUGUAUCUCAACAUCAGCCUCUGGUCUUGACACAUCUGUUCUCUCUGUUCAAGGGAAUUUUGAUCUAAAUAGCAAAUCAAAGUUGCUCGAAAAUACAUGUGCCCGAAGUAUUCAGAUCCCUGCUGAUAGAUCAAAAGCAGCUUUGUCAAAAUGUCCAGUAUUUCCAAUGGCCAGGAGUGUUAGUACUUAUGGCACCUUGGAUAAGGAAGACAAUGGAGGACAGAAGCUCAUUCCUACAGGCAGCCUGCCAACUACUUUACAAGGAGCUACAGAUUCUUUAGGAUUAGAAUGGCACCUCCCAAGUCCAGAUCCUAUCACUGUUCCAUAUCUUAGUCCUUUAGUGGUAUGGAAGGAACUUGAAAGCUUAUUGGAAAAUGAAGGUGAUCAUGCAAUAACAGUGGCAGACUUUGUGGACCAUCAUCCAAUUGUUUUUUGGAACCUGGUGUGGUAUUUUAGACGUCUUGACUUACCCAGUAAUUUACCUGGAUUGAUUCUUUCUUCUGAGCAUUGUAACAAGUAUUCAAAGAUUCCUCGCCACUGUAUGUCUGAAGACAGUAAAUAUGUUUUAAUACAAAUGUUGUGGGACAAUAUGAAAUUACAUCAGGAUCCAGGACAGCCGUUGUACAUCCUCUGGAAUGCCCACAGUCAAAAUCGUACUCUUUUGUUUGAGACCCAGAAGUAUCCAAUGGUCCAUUUAUUGCAAAAAGGUGAUAAUUCAUUUAACCAGGAACUAUUGAAAAAUAUGGUAAAAAGCAUUAAAAUGAAUGAUGUCUAUGGACCAAUGAGUCAGAUUUUAGAGACACUGAAUAAAUGUCCUCAUUUUAAAAGACAGAGGAGUUUAUAUAGAGAAAUACUGUUUCUCUCACUUGUGGCACUGGGAAGAGAAAACAUUGAUAUAGAUGCAUUUGAUAAAGAGUACAAGGUGGCAUAUGAUCGCCUCACACCUAGUCAAGUCAAGAGUACUCACAACUGUGAUAGACCACCAAGUACAGGAGUGAUGGAAUGUCGAAAAACCUUUGGAGAACCUUAUCUUUAAGAUAUGUGUGUGUAUUUUUUCAAUAUGUAUUGUGUAGUCAGUGUAUAAAAUAACACUUUUAGACUCUAA